UCUCGUUAGAUUGGAAGUCUCAUCUCACAUGAUAGAAAAAUCUAAGUAUUAAAGAGAAAAGAAAAACUCUUCAUUCCUAGUCCAGUCUUACAAGCAGGCUUCAGAUUCCCAAAUUGUUUGAUCUACACGCUUUUCUUGAGUCAUUACAAGAUCCCGAAGCUCUUUGAUUCAUACAGAUCAAAGGAAGCUCUUGCAUUCGAGCUCUGUAUCGUCAGAUACUGUCAGCUGCAGAGUGAUUUAUAAGAGAUUUUCUUUUGUUGUUGCUCGAUUUCACCAUUGAACGCUUGGAGCGUUUCUUUUUGUUUUCCAAGUUUAGUUCGCUUUCUAUGAGAGACAAUGUCCUUGACUCAAUACAUUUGAAGGUAUUUGGGGAAUGUAAGAAUUGAUUUGGCCUCUCAUGGCUGGAGAGAUCGAAGAACCCAUUAGCUUUAAGGCAGGCUCUUUACAUUCUGGUUCCAUAUCAUUUGGAAGAUUUGAAGGUGAAUCCUUGGCUUGGGAAAGGAGAUCCUCCUUCUCACAUAAUAGGUACCUUGAAGAGGUUGAAAAAUACUCAACACCAGGUUCUGUCACUAAGAAGAAAGCCUACUUUGAAGCUCAUUUUAAGAAGAAAGGUUUUCCACGGCAAAUUUCAUGUGGGACAGAGUACCAAAGUGAUGAAAAUGAUGUCCUUGACCAUGUGAGUUACAUGGAAGAAUUGGAGAAUACUAAUGAAGGAAGCUAUUUUGCCCACUAUGAUGAAAGCCCACAUGGUUCAUAUUACCAUGGAGAAUAUGAUGUGACGGGUUAUGAUGGAGAGGGUGAGGAAUUUUCUCCUAAAUUUCAGAUGGAACUCUCUCUCACUGAUGAAAAUGCAGUGUUGGGUGGUAAUAAUCAAAUUGUAGAACUUGACACAAUGGAACAAAACCAAUUUCUCAAUAAUGUCGAUGAACCCUCAGAUGAUGGUCUACAACAUGUAGAACCUGGUGAAACACAUCAAAUUAAAUCCGAGAUCACCACGCUUUUGGUCAAGGAUGAACCAGAGAUGGAAGUAAAAUAUAUACUUGCUAGUGAAGUAGAAAAUGUGGAUACCUUACCUAAAAGCACCAACCCAUCCACGACCAAAAGUAAUUGCAUGGUGGGGAAAGCUGAUAGUCCUAGCUUGAAAAUUUCACAAAAGUCAUCUCUAAAGGUAAAGGCCAGGGCAGAAACGAAAACUGUCAAACCCAAACCGAGGGCUCAGGUAACAGUAACUCAGGUUCCAAGAAAGAUUUCAAGUGAAGUGUCAAAGCCUUCAAAGAAUUCAAGGAGAAUCGAAAAAGAGACUCCAGUAAGAAUUAGAACAGAUAAACAUUCUCCCCAAAAGGUUUCACCAGCCAUUGGUUCUCAAACCAGAACUUCAAAACGAGAGGAUUCUGAAAACUUGAAGACAAAAUUAAAUCAAGAAAAUAAAAGUGAGAAAGAUACAAGGGCAAAGAAAGUAGGCAGUAAGUCUCAACCUGCUGGUUCUGAGAAGGAAGAAUGCCAGACUGCAAAUAGGCCCAAGAGAACAGUAAAUUCGUCUAAGACAAGCAUAAAAUCAAGUUCCGCAGUCUUUGUCUUCAAGAGUGAUGAAAGAGCAGAAAGGAGAAAAGAGUUCUAUAUGAAGUUGGAGAAAAAAAUGCAUGCUAAAGAGGUUGAGAUGAAUGAAAUCCAAGCAAGAACACAGGAGGAGACAGAAGCUGAGAUAAAACAAUUUCGCAGAAGUCUCAACUUCAAAGCAACACCCAUGCCUUCUUUCUAUCGUGGAGCUGCUUCACAAGGCUCUGAUGCCAAAAAGGCUGUAUCAAAUACUGUGAAACCAACUAAAUCGCAAAGUAAGACCACGAGUCCAGUUAGUAGAACUGCAUCCAGAUCACAAGCAUCUACAAAAGCAGGAAACCAGAACCUCUCUGCUAGUGAAUCUGCAGAUGCCACUGCUCAACCACAACCCUCGGAAGCAGCUGACUUUCCUACAAUAGUGCCUACUGUAGUUGGUGGAAGCUCUCCAACUUCAUCACCUAUUAGAAACCAUGCUCCACAAACUGGAAAGAGAACGGAGGCAGCAGGGAAGAAAGAAAAGGAGAAGGUGAAGGAUCCUAAUGUGCAGAAACAACAGGGAUCAGAGACUGGUAAGGUGAAGAAAGAGAGACUCGAGCAGAGGCGGGUAGUGGAGGGAGUCGGGCGCAGCAGCAACAGCGAUGUGGUAAGGAAGUCAAUGAAGGGGGUUAGUAUGGGUAUGGGUGUCGGAGGGUCCGGAAUUGGCCAUCUAGUGGUAGAUGUUGCAUCCUAAUCAAAACCCUUCCCCCCCGACCCCUAGGAGCCAACUUUGUAUCUCUACUUGCAGUUGUGUUAUUCUUCAUUUUAAUGCAUCCAGUAUGUAUUGUACAUGUAGUUGGAAUAGAAAAUAACGGUGGCUGAUUCAGGGAGUUCUUGAAAUGGGAACCUCCCUUACAGCUCCUUCAGUUCCCUCCUGUCCCAUUAUCUAUGAAGCAUUGUUUGGUCAUCCCUAUUCAUUGAACAAGCUACCAGAGAAAUGCGGGUCUCUGCUUAUCAUGUAAAGCAUGCAUUCACUGUGUCAUAAAACAGGUACCUGUGGUCCAUCGAACAAAUUACCAUUAAUUUGGAUGACUUUUAAUUGCAGGAUUUUCUAUGGAA